AUGGGCCACGACGUAGAAAGUCUUCGCGAGAAGCAAGAUAUUGUCCACGAUGAGAAGAUGGAAACCCCUAGUCCAGCCGGACUCAAUGCCGAGGAUGCUGAAUUUCUUUCGAAUUUCUCCGCCGAGAGACGCGCAAAGCUGAUUAAGAAAGUAGACUGGCGAAUGAUACCUUUCCUCACAAUUCUCUAUCUUGUAACGUACAUAGAUAAGACAAAUAUCGGUAAUGCAAAAAUCGAGGGUCUGACUGAAGACUUGCAUAUGAAUGGGCUUCAAUAUAAUGUGGCACUUUCUAUCUUUUUCAUUCCUUAUGUUAUCGCAGAGGUUCCAAGCAAUAUGAUCAUGAGCAAACUGAAGCAUCCUGGAAGAUACCUCGGGGCCUUAAUUGUCAUCUGGGGCAUUAUCAUGACACUCACCGGAAUCGUCAAAAAUUUCGCUGGAUUAACGGUCGUUAGGUUUUGGCUGGGUCUCUUUGAAGCAGGAUUUUUGCCGGGUGCAGUGCUAUUAGUAUCUAAUUGGUACAUGCCAAACGAAACACAGACUAGAAUAGCCAUUCUAUAUACAUCUGCAGCUUCAGGAGGCGCGUUCUCGGGGCUACUUGCAUUUGGCAUCGCGAAAAUGGACGGGCUUGCUGGCCUUGGAGGAUGGAGAUGGAUUUUUAUCAUGGAAGGCAUCGUAACGGUUUUUCUCGGAGUUAUCUGUUAUAUGUUCCUUGUCGAGAGCCCCGCCCUUUCUACUAGCUGGCUUGAACCAGAGGAAAUACGUUACUUGGAGCUUCGACAACUCGCAAGGAGACUCGCUCUUUCCAGCCGUCAAGAAACCGUCUCCACUGGUCGAGUGUUGCUAGACGUUCUAACGGAUUGGAAGAUGGUGUUAUUAAUAUUCGUCAACUGGUCACAAGCGGUUCCAAACUACGCUCUCAAAUUCACCAUGCCCCAAAUCAUAAAAAACAUGGGAUUUACAUCAGCAACUGCGCAAUUACUCACCAUCCCACCAUACUCCUGUGGUGCAAUUUCGGCAUACGGUUUCUCUGUUUUUGCGGAUCGAAAGUCCUGGCGCAUGCCCUUCAUUUUGGUCCCGCAACUCUGCGUAAUCGUUGCCUUUUCCGUUCUUUUCACCAAGGCAGCUGACAUCAAAAACAAUAUCGCCGUUUGUUAUUUCGCAGUUUGCCUAUCGUGUUUUGGCAUGUACCCGAUUCUUCCCGGCGUAAAUGCUUGGAACGUCUCUAACGUAAUCAGUCCUACAAAACGCGCAAUAUCUAUUGGGUACCUUAUAUGUAUGGGAAAUGCUGGAGGAAUAAUCGGAAGCUACAUCUACAUUGAAAAGGAGAAGCCGCGAUACCCAACAGGUUUUGGUGCUUCCUUCGGAUUUGCCGCUGCUGGAAUCGUUGCGGGCCUUGUUUUAGAGUAUUGCCUUUGGAAUAUUAACCGCAAGAACGCAAGACUCACUGAAGAGGAGAUUAGGGAGAGGUAUACUGCUGCAGAACUGGAAAAAAUGGGGGAAAAGAGCCCAUUAUUCAAGUAUACUUUGUAA